CAAAUUUAUUUAUUUUUAAUGCGCACUUUUGUGUUGUAUUAUGACCGAUUGAGGUCUUAUACAAAUAGUACUCGCCUUUGUAUUGUGUAUGAGAAAAAUAUUGGCCAUAAAAAGCGCUUGUGAGCGGAGCAAAGGCCAAUGGUGCGCGCAGUUCAUUGCCAAAAGUUUGUUGUCAUCACAUUUUGGCCGCAUUGGCGACAUGCAAGAAACACAAAAAACGAGCGACCGCAGCGCUGCGGCGAACUGAAGUUGUCACGCGUGCAAUUUCCUACAACAACAACAGUAACAAUAAUUUUUAAACCAUUGGCACUGCCCACUUCCGCUUGACGUAUUUGCAUACACAUACAUUUCCUCAUAGACCGGAUGUGGAUGUGUGUGUCGCCGCCGCCGACAUAGCUCCACGUGCGCACUCGGCUAUACACACGAAUAUACAUUUGUCACUCGUACACAUAUCUAGCAGAAUAUAAUGCGCCAGUCGACUGCAGUGUGACGCCUGCAAUUUAGGACAAUAAAUACAUUUUCUGCACCGCAGGAGUCAAGCACAGCCAAACACUGUGUCACGUGACGAGCAACGCUACCAAAUGAGCAGAUAAACUGCAGCACACACAGCAGCAACAAAAGUCAGAAUGUGGAAAGUUGCCAUUUUUGGCGGCAACUUAACAUUGUAGCUUAACUAAAUAAACAAAAACAAUAACAAAAUGAAAAAGACAUGAAAAAAGAAAAAAAAAUUGAAUUAACCGCAGCAUAUUGACAUGCUACACGUAUACAUACAUACAUAAGCAUGUAUGUGGCAACUUAGAAGCGCUCAGCGCAAGCAGUUGCUAGAGAAAUACGUUGAAGAAGCCGGACAGCGGACGUCAGCGGUGCCGCAAGACGGGAAAAAUCGUCUUGGCACAGAGGUCUGCAUAAGCACAGUUAGAUAUACAUACACACAUACAUGCUGCAGCUAUUUUUGAGUAUUGGCACUAGCAAUGCAGCGCUGUGCUUUUUUUGCUUUCUAGCUGAGAUCAGAAAAAUAAUAUUUCACGCUAAAUAAAUUAUUAUUAAAUCAACAUUUUCAUUUUGGCCACCAACAUCACACCAACACUUCGUUGUACAUGCAACAUGGCGCACCGCCGGCCGUACCACCGCUUUUAAAGCGGCCACAGCUUUUGUGCAGAGGCAGUCGCUCGUUAAGCCGCGAACAAUCAACAACCAACCGGUGUCGCCAUCGACAGCCGACCGCCACCAGCCAACGGUCAACAGCAAAGCGACGUCGUUCAUAACUUUCCUUUUUUGUUGCUUACGAGAAUGGCCAAAAAAAAGUUUAAUUAAUUGCGAGCACGUUACAAAUAAACUCGAAACCAGCAAGUGGCAAAGAGUCAAAGUAAUCGAUUCGACAAGAAAAACUGUCAGCCGUCAGUUCUGUUGAGGCAUAGGAGUGACAGUCAACAUCCUCAACUUGUCUAUAUGCCAUACUCCGCUCAUUUGUGAAAUAUUGAGCACCCCUGUCAUUGCAUUGUUGGUGGUGUGCAGUGAUACUUGAUUUCGAAUAAAAGACUCAGACGCACGCCGACCCAGAAGUGUUCGCUGCUCAACAUUCAAAUCAAAAGUCAUAAUCAAAUCAUAUCAGAAACAAACAAUCGUAGCCUAGACUAAAACGUCAACGAGUCAAACUACAGCCGUAAUUCUAAAUAGAAAUAGAAAAUGUCGACUUCUGUACAAAAUUUCAACAAAUCACCAAGUGUCAUUGACUCCACAGCGGUAAUGUCGGCCACCGCCGUCGCAGCCAGCUCCGCCAUCCAACAGCUCUCGUCGAUAUCGCUAAUGCUCGAGUACGACAUUGACAACACGCUGAACACCAUCAAAGAGAAUGGUGUACAUCUCAUACAACAACAAGAGCGACAAGCGCCACAACAAGCACACCAUCCGCAAAAGAAUGUGAGCCAGCCACCGACCCAUACAAAUGAAGCUUUAAAAGAUAUCAAACCUGUGCUGCCACCAACACCACCAGCCACGCCUAACUUGGCGAAUACAGCGCGCAAACGCUGGAAGAUUUUAGCGAAAGUAUUGCGCAAAGAUUCCGAGGAGACCGUGUCGUCGUCGGGCGAGGAGUUCGGUGAGGAGCAAACGGCGUCGGUGCGUCGCUUCAAGUCAUUCGACUUGUUGCGUCAGGACAGCUUCGAAGAUCAUAUGACACUGAACUGCCUGGGCAAACCGGAGAACUGGUACAAGUACAGUGUGCUGCUCGAUGGGGAGGGUCAGCAGGAGUUCACCGUUAACAUACAUCACGUGGAGCGUCAGCUAACAGCCAGUGACCUAAUGGGCUUCAAUAACACCGGCAAUAUUUGUGUGUGGCCCUCAGAGGAGGCAUUAACCGCUUACGUUCUAUCCGACGUCGCUGCGUAUAGUGAUAAAUGGAUAUUGGAAUUGGGUGGCGGAUUCACAUGCUUAGCUGGGCUUAUGCUCUCCAAGUACGCUAAGCCUUAUGCGGUGCAUCUCACCGAUGGCAACGAUGUGUCGGUGGAGAAUGUAAAGAAGACCGUAUGUUUGAACGAGCUCGCCUGCUACACAAAGUGCUCGGUGCUCAAGUGGGAAGAUGUGAGUGCGCGUGCUACGGCGGAGGCUGGGAAAUUCGAUGUCAUCCUCUCCGCCGAUUGCCUGUUUUUCGAUGAAGCGCGCUCGUCGCUGGUGGAGACGAUUUGGUAUUAUAUGGCACCCAGAGGUGAGGCGAUAAUAAUGGCGCCAAGACGUGGCAAAACCAUGGCGAUGUUUGUUGGCGAGUGCACGCGUAGAGGCUUCGCAGUAGAGAUAACACAGCGCUAUAAUGAGACCAUAUGGAAGCGGCACGAGGAAUUGAUGAUGACGUCCGGCUUGUACGACGAGGACUUACACUACCCUGUGCUGUUGCGUCUGCGUAAGCCCUUCAUGGGGUAGAAGCGACAAAGAAGAAUGCGCUGCGAAAUAUGCAAGUCUUAGGUUUGAUUAUUAGCAAAACACGUGCAAUUGUAUACAAAAACCAACAAAACCAACAAAAACAAUAACAAAAUAGUUCAUAGUCAUAUUGUAAGGAACCGAUUUUGUAUUAUUCCAAUAAUUCCAAGCACUAAUGACGAAAUUAUAAAUUAGAGAUUUGUAUUACGACAAAUAGUAUGUAAAUUUUUGUCGCGCUUUUAUGCGCGCAAACAAAAUGGUAAAUGCUUUAAAAGAUAUAGUACACAGGUUUUAUAGCUUUCCCAACUACACCAUAGGCAGAACAGCGGUUGAGUGGCGGUGCCUCGAUGCCAGUGCUAAGGUAGUAAAGGGUCUGCCUUGGCUGGAAAUUGUUUAAAAGUGGAAGUGUAUAAACAGUGUUGCCAUAUUAUUAAUUAAACUCAUAUCUCACCGACUUUUUCCAACUAAAAUAAGCUUGUUAUUUUGUUUAACGAAUUUUUAAGAAAUAUAUUUUUAAAUAUUAUUACAUUAUUUUUUGUACAAAUAUUAUUAAACAUUUUUAUUUUGCCUCCUAACGCUUUUUCGAACUCUUAGUUUUUCUUUAAUGUCCAAUUUUUAGUCGUGACAUUUUUUCUAACCCAUAAAAGGGUUAGCUGAUUCAUUAAAUGAUAAAAUGAUGUGUCCUUACAAAGUUUCCUAAGUCCUAGUAUAAAUGAAAAGUAUUAUUUUAGAGUUAUCAUGUAGAGGUAAUUUUAGUAAAUCCACACAUUAUUUUAAAAUGUAAUUUAUAAUAAUAAUAAACAAAUUUUGUGUAGAAAAGUUAAUUUAUAAUAUAAUGUGUUAUUUCAUUACAAAAUAAGUAAUACUUUACUAAAAUAAUACUCAAAUGUGGUUAUAGAUGGUUUCAGAGUUUUCUGGAGUUAUUUUCGUUAUACAUAUUAUCUUAGAACUGAAAAGUAUACGAAGGUUUCAAACUUAUUUUGACAGAAUAUUCUCCACAUAAUUUUCACAGAUGUUUUUUGCUUUAAUUUUAAGCCUCUUUCAUUGUCCAACCUAAUUUACUUACUUUGCGAGUUUGUGUAGAUUAUUAGCUGAAUUUCUGCAGGCAUGUAAACAUAUUUAAAGUGAAACAGUAUCCCUAAAAACCCAGCCCAGAAACAUGAAAUAUGCGUCAACCUGCUCGUUACCAAUCCCCAACCAAAGUAUAAAUAUAUAGAUACCUACACACGAGUAUAUAUUAAAAUUAAAAAAAAAAACGCAGAUAUAUAACAGACAAUUAAAAAAAAAUUAGAAAUAAGUAAAUUUAAUUAAUAAUGGAGAACCUCAUAUUUCGGUAGUGAAGUGGGUUAAAGUAAAUUCUGUGGAAGUAUGUGUGUGGUUAGUUACCUUCUUCAUAUACUGUUAAGGGAAAAAUUACGGCUAUUUAGCCAUAAAUAUUCGAUGGAAUGUGGAAAUCUAAAUAUUGUUUAGCUUUAAUAUUAAAAGAGAGAUCUACAAAUAAAUAUAUAAAUCUUUAAAACCAUAA